CGGGCGAGGACGGGGCGGGGGGGAGGGGGGCCUGUCGCAGGGGAGGAGCCUAACGGGGAGGCGGUGCCCUGGGAAUCUCGGCGGUGGAACUCCGGGGAGGAGCUGGCUGAGGCGAGGGUGAUGAUCCAGGCUGGGGUCCAGCGCAGGGGUCUUGGUGGGCACACUGGGGUCGGGUGGAGCGCAGGAGGGAGAGGAAGGAGAACAGAUCACUCUAAGCUUGGCUGCAGCUGUGGUGCUAAGGAGGCUAAUGGAGAAGCUCCCUCGCUCUCAACCCCACCCCUUCCUUCCGGGAGCAAACCCAAGUCUGGUCCUGACUCCGGAUCCCUCCCACAUUAGACCUACCACACCCUCAGGGCAGACAACAGCGCUACACUCCCAACACUCAGCCACCAGGGCAAGGGAGCAAAAUUCCAGAGAGCUCAGGAACAUGGAGCUGAUCCAGGACAUCUCUCGCCCGCCACUGGAGUACGUGAAGGGGGUCCCGCUCAUCAAGUACUUUGCAGAGGCACUGGGACCCCUGCAGAGCUUCCAGGCCCUGCCUGAUGACCUGCUCAUCAGCACCUACCCCAAGUCUGGCACCACCUGGGUGAGCCAGAUUUUGGACAUGAUCUACCAGGGCGGCCACCUGGAGAAGUGUCACCGAGCUCCCAUCUUCAUGCGGGUGCCCUUCCUUGAGUUCAAAGCCCCAGGGAUUCCCUCAGGGCUGGAGACUCUGAAAGAAACACCGGCCCCACGGCUCCUGAAGACACACCUGCCCCUGGCCCUGCUCCCCCAGACUCUGUUGGAUCAGAAGGUCAAGGUGGUCUAUGUUGCCCGAAACCCAAAGGACGUGGUGGUCUCCUACUACCACUUCUACCGCAUGGCCAAGGUACACCCUGACCCUGGGACCUGGGACAGCUUCUUGGAGAACUUCAUGGCUGGAGAAGUAUGCUACGGGUCCUGGUACCAGCAUGUGCAGGAGUGGUGGGAGCUGAGCCGCACCCACCCUGUUCUCUACCUCUUCUAUGAAGACAUGAAGGAGAACCCCAAAAGGGAGAUUCAAAAGAUCCUGGAGUUUGUGGGGCGCUCCCUGCCAGAGGAGACCGUGGACCUCAUGGUUCAGCACACGUCAUUCAAGGAGAUGAGGAAGAACCCUAUGACCAACUACAGCACCGUCCCCCGGGAGUUCAUGGACCACAGCAUCUCUCCCUUCAUGAGGAAAGGCAUGGCUGGGGACUGGAAAACCACCUUCACCGUGGCGCAGAAUGAGCGCUUCGAUGCGGACUAUGCGGAGAAGAUGGCAGGCUGCAGCCUCAGCUUCCGCUCUGAGCUGUGAGAGGGGCUCCUGGGGUCACUGCAGAGGGAGUGUGUGAAUCUACCCUGACCAAGCGGCUCAAGAAUAAAAUAUGAAUUGAGGGCCAGAGACAGUAGGUCAUGUCUGUAAUCCCAGCAAUUUGGGAGGCUGAGGUGGGAGGAUCAUUUGAGCUCAGGAGUUGAAGACCAACCUGGGCAACAUAGUGAGAUUCUGCUGAAAAAAAAAAUAACAAAAUAAAAUCAAUUUUUAAAAAGAGAAUAAAAUAUGACUUAUGGGCCAGGCAGGGUGGCUCAUGCCUGUAAUCCCAGCAAUUUGAGAAGUUGAGGUCAGAGGAUCACUGGAGGACCGGAGGUUGGAAACAGCCUGGUCAACAUUAUAAGCUGUCAUCCCUACAAAAAUUUGAGAAAAUUAUCUGCAAGUGGUGGUGGCACCUGUAGUCCCAGCUACUUGGCAAAUGAAGGCAGGAGGAUCGCCUGAGCCAGGGAGGUUGUGGCUGCAAUUGGCUGUGACUGGGCUAAUCCACUCAAGCCUGAGGGACAAGCAAAACUUACUCGAGAAAUAAAUAAAAUACAAUUUAAUUAAAAUAAAUUAUGAUUCAAGACCAGUCUGGCCAA